AAGAAGAAAUAUGUGGUGACGUAGGUUGCCUUUCCGAUCGACGCGCAUGCGCAACUUCAACACAUGUGAAUCAGACAGCAUGGCGGAGAAACCUGAAACAACGUUAGACCGGGCCCAGGUGAAGAAGGCCGUCCAAGCCUUGCAGGCUUUCCUGAAAACCAAAUCCAGCGGAGAGGCUCUGCUUCUGGACGAGAAGGAACCGAUCAGCCUCCUGUUCACCUUUUGGAAGGUCCCCAGGAGUACUCAGACAAUACGAAUCCCUUUACCUCAUGGCCAGCGGACCGACACAGAGGAGGUUUGCCUCUUCACCAAAGAUGAGCCCAAAAUGACCCCAGAACAGACUCAAAGGUUCUAUAAGAAGCUGCUGGAGGAGAGGGGAGUGAAAAAUGUCUCAGAGAUAAUACCAUUCACAGCCCUGAAGAAAGAAUAUAAACCUUAUGAAGCCAAGCGGCGCCUGCUGGGAAACUUUGACUUGUUCCUCUCUGAUGACCGGAUCCGCCGCCUGCUGCCAUCCCACAUCGGGAAACACUUCUACGAGAGAAAAAAAACUCCGCUCUCUGUAAACCUUCAGAGCAAACAUCUGGCCAGAGACAUCCAGAGGGUCAUCAACGGAACCAGUCUGACGGUCACCAAAAAAGGCUGCUGCUGCAUGGCGAGAAUCGCCCAUUCUGACAUGACUGCAGAUGAGGUGACUGAAAACAUCGAAGCUGCGGUCCAAAUGGUACUGGACAAGCUGAAAACGAAGGGGCCCAUAAUGAAGCUGAUCCAUUUAAAGAGUCAAACUUCAGUGGCCCUGCCCAUCUACACCUCAGACCUGAGCCAUCUCAGUGUGCUGGAAGACGCAAAACGCAAGAAAGCUCCAAUUAAAAAGGAGGAGAAGAAGAACAAAGCAGCCAAUAAAAAAGAAAAGGAUGUGACUUUGACCACAAAGCAGCAGGAGGAAGAGGAAGAAGAAAUCCCACAGCUUGUUCCCAUACAAACACCUAACAAAAAACCCAAACUUGAGAAGCCAACUAGGAAGAAGCCAAUGCAGAAAGCAGCCAAACCUGCUGCUGUAAAGAAAGUCUCAAAAGCUCAAAGCAAACCGACCAAGAAGGCUGGAAAAAUGGGGCAGAGAGGAGGAAGAAAAGGCCUUAAACGGAAAUGAUUUUCCUGCCCAGACAAAGACUUGGUUCACAGAUGACAUUUAUCUUCUGCUCGGUUUGUUUUUCUACUAAUUGUACUAUAGAACAAUUAUUAAAUCUACCACCUGAAACCA